CCCACAUCGAGUUAUGGUCCAAGCUUCAUUAACUCGUGGUCGUAGUCUCCACUCCACAAUUUAUCAUCAACUGGAGCAUUUAUAAUACAACAGUGCCGAAUCGAAUGCCGGCCCAACUGAAGACUUAACUUUAACCUUACCACUCACCCUUAAACAAAGAAUUACUUUCCCAGAAAACAGAUUGGAUAAAUCUAGAAUACAUCAUGCCCUACGAAGGCCAUUGCAUAUGCGGACGUAUCCGCGUCCUGCUGGAACAGCAACCUCCAAGUUCACUCAUUUGCCACUGCCAAAAUUGUAGUAGAUCGGGAGGUGGCUCCUCUAUAAACUACGUCCUCCACAAGGAAGAAGUCACCAUCCAAGACCCUCAGGCCAGUCUAAAAGUAUACGAAGAUGUGAACACAGUUAGUGGAAAUCACAUCCAGCGUAAAUUCUGCUCAAAUUGUGGCAGUCCGAUUAUGACAGAGAGCCCUAGCUUUCCGGGGAAGGCUAUUGUGAAGGCUUCUUUGUUUGAUGUGAUCUCUCAGCCUGAUAAGGAGCUUUUCACGGCUCAGAGACAGGCAUGGAAGGGGCCUGUUGAGGGGGCGAAGCAGGAAUAGUGAAUUGUAUUGUUAGACUAGAGGGGUGGUGUUAAGUGUAGGUAGUGCUGGAGUUGAUAUUUUUGAAAUGAGAUGUGAGUUUCUAGAAUAUAGAUAUCACGGAAUA